CAAUGUCUCAAAGGUUGCUGUGAUGUCUCAGUGCUCUGCAGGACACUGACCUGGGUCCAGCUCAGACUGAGCGAGCUGUCAGAACACGUUGGACACUCUACCUGUUCAGAAUGAGGGCUGCUGAUUGGCUGUUGGUUCUGGCAUUCCUGCCGCUCGUCUUCGCCGUCCAAUCGGACAUCUGCAGUGCUAAACCCAGAGACCUCGCCCUCGAGCCGCGCUGCAUCUACCGGAGUCCCGACACGGACGGCCCAGAGGAUCCGACCACGGAGCCGGAGCCGGUCCCCGAGUCCACCAACCCUCGAGUGUGGGAGCUGUCGAAGGCUAACGGCCGCUUCGCGCUGUCGCUGUACAAACAGCUCGCUCUCAGCAAGACCCCCGAGUCCAACAUCUUCAUGUCCCCCAUCAGCAUCUCCACCGCCUUCGCCAUGACCAAACUGGGAGCCUGCAACGAGACGCUGGAGCAGAUCAUGAAGGUGUUUGAGUUCGACACCAUCAAAGAGAAGACGUCGGAUCAGGUCCACUUCUUCUUCGCCAAACUCAACUGUCGUCUGUACAGGAAGAAGGACGAGACCACCGAGCUGAUCUCUGCCAACCGACUGUUCGGAGACAAAUCUCUGAUCUUCAACGAGACGUACCAGAACAUCAGCGAGACGGUGUACGGGGCCAAACUGCUGCCUCUCAACUUCAAGGAGAACCCGGAUAAGGCCCGGGUCACCAUCAACAACUGGAUCUCCAACAAGACGGAGAAUCUGAUCCAGGACACACUGCCGGCCGGAUCGCUGGACUCCAACACAAUCCUGGUCCUCGUCAACACAAUCUACUUCAAGGGUCAGUGGAAGAACAAGUUCGACAAAGACAACGUUUACGUCUCGGACUUCCGGGUCAGUGACAGUCGCACCUGCCAGGUGAACAUGAUGUACCAGGAGACCAAGUUCAGGUACAGGUACUUCCCUGACGACCACGUGCAGCUGCUGGAGAUGCCGUACCGCGGAGACGACAUCACCAUGGUGAUCAUCCUGCCGACCCAAGGCACCGCGCUCAGUAAGGUGGAGGAGAGUCUGGACCUGAAGAAGCUGACCAGCUGGUUGGAUGAGAUGAAGGAGAUGACGGUGUCCGUCCACGUGCCGAGGUUCAGGGUGGAGGACAGCUUCAGUCUGAAGGAGAAGCUGGAGGCGAUGGGACUGACACAUCUGUUCAGCGCCGAGAAGGCCAGUCUGCCAGGGAUGUUGGAGGACGGCAGCGACGGGCUUCACAUCUCAGACGCCUUCCAUAAAGCCUUCCUGGAGGUAAACGAGGAGGGAAGCGAGGCGGCGGCAGCCACCGCCGUGGUGGCGAUCGGUCGCUCCAUCAACUUGAACCGGGAGGUGUUUCAGGCCGACCGACCGUUCCUGCUGCUCAUCAGAGAGUCGACCAUCAACGCACUGCUGUUCACCGCCCGCGUGUCCGACCCCUGCAACCAAUGAAAACCUCCCGCCGCCUUUCAUUGUAUCAUGUGGCGACAUAAAAACAACCUCAUAUCAAACAAACAAGCCUCAGUUCACUUCAGUGCACACAGUCCUCAUGGUAACGCAGGUGUUUACUAAAGGUGUUAACGAGCUUUUUAAUUAACUGAACAAGCCGCAUGUUUCGCUCACUUGAAUUAAUUAUUAAAACAUUUAUCCACCAUUU